CAGAAAAAACAUUGCAGCAGAAGACCGAGUUAUGGUUUCUUCAUAAGUGUUUCAUUAACUGGACUGAUUUCUGUAAAUAGACAUUCUUUUUUAUUUAGCAUUUAUUAUCCUUGAUAUUUUAUUUCCCGUGUAAUUUUGCAUUUAAAUGAAAAAAGAUGGAGUUCGAGAAGCAAGUUAGUUCAUAUUUCAAAGCAAACAACUCCUUAGCUAGACGGAUCGUUGAAGAACAAGAAUACAUACAAAAAAUGUAUUCAGAUAAUUGGGAGCAGAUGACUUGUGAAGAAAGAGAGUGUGUAUUUAAUAGUUUCGCCGUACCGGCGUCAGUUUUGGAAAAAUAUUCUGAUGUGCCCAAAACAAGCGAAUACCCUGAUUCUUUCCCCAGGCAUAUUGUGGCGUGUGGUGAGAAAAUUGUUGUAGACUACAACGAUUGUCAAACUUGGCCUGAUGAACAUUCUGGAGCAUUUUCCUGGAAGACAAAGAGCCAGCAAGAUUUAACAUUACUGGAUCUUGAACCGGACCAACUCACAAAGAAAAGUGAAAAAACUAGGAAGGCCCCACCCCCUGCUAAACAGGUAUUUGAAACAAAGACUUGUCCUUGGAAAAGAGAGAAUGGUGGUAUAUGGGAUUCUCCUUUCCUUGCUGCAGAGCGUGGCAUGGACCCUGUAUUUACCAACAACAUCAUUGAACCCAACUCUAACACAAAUUCAGAAGAAGAAGAAAAGAACACUGCCAUUCAAGAAGAUCAACCCCUAACAGAUGCAAAAGUCAUUCCACCCUCAAAGCAACCACCUCCACUUCCUUCAACACGUCCCCCUUCAAUUACCAGACCCCCUUCUGUAAGGCCACCUCCACCACCUGUCCCCACCACUGUGCCUAGAAAAGUAGACUACCAUACUGUGCCUCUAGCUGAUUCACACCCGAAAAAAGCUGGCCGGAAGAGUCAUCGCAAUUCAAGAGCUGAAAUAAAGGCAUCCGCACAGAAGAACGCUUCAAAUCAAGAAGCUAAACAGAAUGUUGACCACAAACGAGAUUCUGGUAAGUUUGAAUCUCAAGUUGCAGCUGGUACCCAUUUGUCAAUCAAUAACCCUGCUUUUACCGAUAAUGAUGAGAAGGGCAUUGAUGAUCCAAAAGCUGCUACUACUUCUUUAGGUUCAAAGGGAGAAUGGUCACAUUUUAUUGGCGAAAAAGAGGCAAGCAGUGCCAGCUCAACACCAACAAAGCAGCUUUUGAAAGAACCAGAGCCAAUGUCCAUCUCCAGACAAGUGGAACAAAUUCCAAUGAAGAAUAGCAGUUAUGUUGUCGAUGAAGAAGAAAGUGUCGCAUAUUCCUGCAACAACGAGGAGUCAGAAUCUUUGCUGAAGACCAAUGACCAAUUUGAAAAAGCUAAUUUGAAUGCUGUCAACACUCUGGAAUCUGAAGAAAAUGUUGAAUCGAAGCGUGAUUCCAACAUACCUCGCUCUGGAUACGACUUCUUGGAUGACUGGUAGAUGAAGUGAUAUUUCGUGGAAAGCAUUUCCUUAUAUGUACAUCAUGUUUCUCAUCAUUUAUUUGUAUCUUCCUUAAAUUAUUCUUUUGUGUGUCCUUGAACUUUUUUUUAACAAGUCUCAGAAAGAAAUAAAAGUUUGAAAGUAAUAA